UCCAUACCAAAAUUUUGACGUAAGGAUGAAGAAAAAAGAAAUUCAAACUUUAAAAGAAAAAACUGAAAAAUAACAUUUUAUAAUUGGUAGAUUUGGGGUGAAUUCGAUUUAGAAAGGAAGUGUUCCUUAAUCCUUACAAUUAGAAAUCAAGAAUCAAACCCGAUUCUUUCGCUAUAUUUGAAGUCAGCCCCAGGCCAGAUCCAACUAUGGCACUUAGCAAAGCUGAAAAACUACCCCAAGAAAUCAUAGUUGACAUACUAUCCCGGCUUCCUGCAAAAUCCAUAGGUCAAUUCAGGUGUAUAUCAAAGCAUUGGUGCUCUCUUCUAUCAGACCCCCAAUUCAUCUCAGCUCACCUCACUAUAAAUUCCCACAAAAAAGAAGAACACCUCAUUCUUGUUUCUGAUUCUCACUCUCUUCACACUAUCACUUUUAACCACAACCCCCAAAAUGGAACAAUCGAUGCCAUUUCAAGAAAGCUUAAUUUUCAGCAACAACUUGAAGACAACUGGGUAAGUGUUGCUGGCUCAUGUAAUGGCUUCGUCUUGGUGGUAAAUGAUGAGGAAAUCAAAUUUUUGAUCAACCCCACAACCUUAGACUACUUUGAAAUUCCAAAAUUUAAUUUGGCUCUUCCUGUGCCUGGUAGUUUUAGCAUGUAUGGUUUAGGGUAUGAUGUUGUUAGUGAUGAUUAUAAGGUGGUUACUCUUUCUUAUUACGAUACGGAUAAUGAAUACGAGCCAGAUAUAGAUUAUACUUUUGUGGAUGUCUACUCUGUGAGAAAGGAUAUUUGGAGGAGACUUGAGAGUUCUCCUUAUGAUCAUGCAGUUCCUCAACUUGCUUCUGGUGUUUUGGUAAAUGGGGCUUUGCAUUGGUUAGCUAGUAGUAAAACCUCCGGUUAUUCAUCAGUAAUUGUUGCUUUCGAUUUAAGUGAUGAUAAAUUCUUGGAGGUGCCAGCGCCUACUACUCUUGAUAAAGGUAAAUUUGUGUUUAAUAAGCUUGUGGCUCUUAGAGGGUGUAUUUGUAUGUUCACUAAUACACAUGAUGAUGAAAUUGAUGUUUGGAUGAUGAAAGACUAUGGGGUUGAGGAGUCUUGGACCAAAUUUGUAGUUAAAGGACCGGAUUCGGUGACUGAUUUGAUACCAUUGUGUUUAAUGAGUGAGGAUGAUGUUUCACUAGAUGCGGAUGGAGAGUUGAUUGUCUACGGUAUGAGAGAGGAUCGGUGGAGGAAUAUAAUGGUUGACGGGAUUCCUACCAUGUGUGAGAACGCUGGAACUGCAAUCUUUAGGGAGAGUCUUGUUUCUCCUACGUUUGGCUAGGGAGCUCAGAGUUGCUCUAUUUCUUGAUGCAAUAUUUUGAGGUGAUGUUGCGUACAGGUCUUGCCGGUGUUAUAUGUAGGUCGUCAUGUACCUCGAGAUGGCCGUCUCCUCCCCCCUUCCAGUAGGAACCCGCUCCCCUGUCUCCACUCCACUGCAUUCCCGCCCGUCAUCUAGGCAACUAGAGAUGAAGUUCGAGAACCUAAACAACUCAGUUGAGAACUCCCUGAUUGGUUCAAGCGAAGGUCAUGAUUGAUAGGCCCAUUCUCUCCCAAUCUAUCUUUUGGUUCAGGAUCUAUGACUACAAAGACUUUAGAGAUAGAUAUUGGGUAGUAACUUAUAGCUUAAGAAGGCAACCAUAAACAGAACAUGGGCAACCUGCUGGUUGCUGGUUCAGCUUAUUUUCUAUCUUCACUAACAACAUAAGAUGACAAAAUUUCUAAGAAGCUCAUAUGAACUCUUGAUGCAAAAAGCUGUUACGUUUUGGUUGUUAUUUAUUUGUUUGUCCUCUUUUUCUUAUGGAUUGUACCACUGUAUUUUGUUUGCCUAGUAGUAACUAUUUCAGCAGUGUUAUGAAGGAUGCAAUGUGCCUUGUAAGUUUUAAGGAACAUUGCUGGUUUUCAUAUUUAUUCUUAAUUUUCUCAA